AGAAGCUUUCCUUUCAAUUCCGAGAGAGUUCACUGUGCUAUUGCUGCGGGGACAGUCGUGUGUUUAUAUUACUGCCUUUUCGCGUAAACAGCUGUUUCUUAUUUAUCGUUAUCCGAGCGUACCCGUAAACGUGUGUGUACUCUGAGCUGCUAUAUAUAUACUGCUGUUGGUGGUGGUGGUGGUCUCGCUUGCCAAACUGUCAGUGCGUGUGUGCGUGUGUGUGUGUACAACAUUGCUAUAUAGAUGUCUCCUUUGCGCGAGGAGACUAGCAGAAGGCUUAUUACGUAUUUUAAUUCAUCCGGUAACGUGAGCGCUUGAAGAGCCAAAAUUUCGUACUCUUUUUGACUCUGUUCGGCUGUUGUUACAUUUUCCAAACGUCAGUUUUUGCGCUGUUGUACAGAGGUUCGACCACUGGUUUACUGUCAUCGUCUGCAACGUUUAUACUAUCGGUUUUUUGCUUGACUUUUUGACACGGUUGUCAAAAUGAACUGUAUCUGAAUUUUUCUAAUGUCUCUUCAUUGCCACCUUCUCAACCAAGCAAGGGCCAACAAAAUCAGAAUAGUUUCUCAUAAUGGCAUCUUUUACUUUCUCUCAAAAGAAAUUCAUACCAAUACCGCCUGAAAAGGGUAGCUUUCCAUUGGACCACGAGGGUCUCUGUCGUGAUCUUAUGGUCAAGUACAUGCGUUGUCUCUAUGAUAAUAAGAACGUCGCAAGCAACUGCAAAGAUAUAAGUAAAGACUAUUUGGGUUGUCGCAUGAAUAAUGGAUUGAUGGCCAAAGAAGACUGGGCUCAAUUGGGAUUUAAUGAAAACAAUACAAGUGAGACAGAGAAGCAAUGAGAAAGGUUCACCGUCUUCGUCGUCUAGUGGAUUACCUGUUUGUUCUCACUGCCAAGUGAUUACCACUGCCCAAAUAAAUAGUUACCUUGGGUGUUCACCCAUACACACAAAUCAACGACGAGACGAGUGCAUGCGUUUCGUGCCUAACGAAUCCCAAGUAGUUUAAUAAAAAUAACGUGACAUCGUGUUUUAUAUUGAUAUAUAUUAUAUAUUUACAAAACAAAAGUCUAUCUAUAUACAUUAGACAAAGAUAUGAUAUACAAAGAUAUCUCUAUGUAUACACACAGAUGUUAAUUGGAUUGUUGCUGAAUGAGAGAGAUUGAGAAGUGUAUAGCGUUUGAAGCUCAAAGCGCCGCACUAGAAAGUUUCAAGAAGUCGAAAUAACGAUCUUCGAUGUAAUUAACAUAUCAAUAAGUCAGAGUUCUCUACAAAGCUUGAAUAUAUCCAUCUACACUUGACACAAAUCAUUUACACAUCGCUUCAUCCCAGCGCUUACUCCAUAAGGACCGAAAAAGAAACACUACGAAAACAUAAACAAAAAACAUAAAGAAACAAAAAAAAACAGUACACACGGCUUGGAGCGAGGUCAGUCGUCCUAUUUAUUACUAACGUAAGAGAGAAUAAAUAAUAAUUCGCAAAGCUUUUUAGCCCACGCAAAAGAUAAAAAAUAUACAUAUAAACUCGUUGUUCGUUGCUUUUGCAUCCUGCUGUGUAAGUGAUCAUAUUUGUACGAAUCAAUUAUAAGCUUAUAUAUUACAUACAAAAAAAAAAAAUAA